AAAUUGGUCUCUGGGAGAGGAAAGAGCGAGUGAGAGCAUGCUGUAUCCUGGGACCCUGUUUAUUUGACAUUCCCAGCUAUGGAAAUCCUACUUUAAAAAAGAUUGUGCAUGUAGUCUUUCCAUAUCAGAUGAAGAAAUGAGUAUGCAGUUUUUGAAAUUCCUUUGUUUACAUUCUUAGCUUGGAUUAUGAGCUUGCAAAAUGCCUUUCCUUUUGGGCCUGCGACAGGACAAAGAAACCUGCAUAGGAAUCAACAAUCAGAGUUACAGUUGUGAAACAGGCCAUUGCUGUGGACAGUCUCAAUGCUGCAAUUACUAUUAUGAACUCUGGUGGUUUUGGCUAGUAUGGACGAUCAUCAUCAUUUUGAGUUGUUGUUGUGUCUGCCACCACCGACGCGCCAAACACAGACUUCAGGCACAACAAAGGCAACAUGAAAUUAACUUGAUUGCUUACCGUGAAGCUCAUAACUACUCCAGCCUGCCAUUUUAUUUCCGAUUUUUGCCAAAUUAUUUACUACCUCCCUAUGAGGAAGUGGUGAAUCGACCUCCAACCCCUCCCCCACCAUAUAGUGCCUUACAUCAGCAAUGCAUUCCACCUGGCAAUGGCAGUACAGCACCAGAUACAAGAAACCUACAGCCAGCUCAGGCAGGCACGCUGUCAGGAGCAGAAAGCAAUAAUGAAAAUAUGGACAGCACUGCCUCUCCAAGCAUCGGGCAUUCGGAAUCCGCCAGUCCACCAGUUGAACGAUCAACUUCCAAAGCAACAUGUGGUGAACCAAGGAAUUCCAGCAGCAGAAUGGAAUUAGAAGAUGAGGUUGACCAUGUAUCUACUUCUGAUAAGGAGCCAGAGUGCAAGGAAGAAUUGCUUAAGGAUUACAACUCAGAAAGCUUAGAUCAAAACAGUGCUUUUUCAGAUGCUAAAGACAAGACACCAGGCAGACACCGAAGGUUUACCGGAGAUUCAGGCAUUGAAAUCUGUAUCUGUAACCAGGACCACCAUGAUAAUGAUCUCAAGGAGUUAGAUGGGUUCAUUGAUGAUGGAUCCAUGGACUUCUGUGAUAGUUGCAGUGGCCAUCCACCCCAUGGAGAUGAGGAAGAAGGGCUUGUCAGUGCUUCAGAUGAACAGCAUGGAGAGCACAACCAUCACCACCUCUCCAGACAACCUGUGUGUGUGCUCCUGAACACCAUAAAUGAGCAGGACUCUCCAAACUCUUAUACCAAUACAUCUCCCAGCUAAAACAACAUCAGAAGGGAAGAUCUACAAAAUGAUAAAUAAAACCAAAACCAAAUUGGUUCAUCUUUUUCUUCAGAUGUAACUAUGGGAAUAAUUUAAAAUCUGUUCAGAAGGGGGCAGAUGUGUUUAGGCUUUUCUUUUCUUCUUUUUGUGCUAAAAUUGCCUCUUCUGUCCUCUGACUGGUUAGAGACUUGAUUUAAAGUGUGAUCAUUUAUAUAGAGAGAAAAGGGGAAAAACACUUCCUAUUGCUGAUUUUGGUGAUGGUUUAUUUGGUUGGUUGUCACCUUAAAAGUUUUCAGGAUCUGCUUUAUGUUCUGAUCAGAAACUUUAAACUAGUGAGAACAAGGAGUACUAACUAGUGUUUUACACCCCUCUCUUCCCCCCCCCCGUCUUAUUAGUGUAUUCCCCCCCACCCCCUUUUUCAGGUGUCUUCCCAAAGCCUGUGGCAUUUGAUAGCCCUGGCAAUACGUUUAGGUAGUAUGGAGAAGUUAGGUACUAUGGAGAAGUUGAAAUAAACUCCCCAAAGACCGGGUUGUUACGGUUUUUGCUUUUAGCCAAUAGAAUGCAUCUCUGGUGCAUUUUGAUUACAACAGUCUGUAAUAAAUGUUUUCUUCUUGAAGCUGGUAAAGGACCAGUUUCUUUCAAAAACAAAACCGUUAGCCAAAAACACAGCAUUUAUGCAAGAGGGGCCUUCAGACAUUUUGCCCUUUAUUUUAUUUUUAAGGCAAAUGUGUAGCUAUAGGUUGAGACUCCUUGAAGAAGUUCUCCUUUUCCAGUACUUGGUCUUUACGUAACUUGCAACUAGUAUGCUGCAGUGCAAAAGGACAGGGGCGUUGCAAUUUCAGACCAGCACACUAGUUAAAAAUGACAAAACCAAAACAUACAAAAGAACAGGGCUGUCUUCAGGUGCCUUCAGAUUUCAGCGAUGCUUUUUGAACAAAUGGAGAAAUCAAUUCAUUGCAAAUGGAUAAUUUGCAACAUUAAUGUGGAAGACCUGUGCAGUAUUUUCUUUCCUUAGUCCAAAAGUUAGUAUGAUUCUAACAAGUGACCACUUAAAAGAACUGAGUGUCUGUGUCUCGCUCUCUUGAAAGCGGCACAGGCUACUGUACAAUGUAUGUGAGUAUGUGUGUGUGUGUGUGUGUGUGUGUGUGUGUGUGUGUCUGCAUGUGUGUUUCCUACUGGUAAGAUGAAAUUUGCUGCUGUAAGACUGCAGGAAAAAAAAAAGACUGUUGCUUUGCUUUAACCAAACAAUGGAAGUUUUGUUAGUAACACCACCAAAGGGAAGGGGAAGAAACUCAGAACAACUGAAACUAACAUUCCUCGGAGUGUUCCUGUGGAAGAGACCAACCCUUGGUUUCUAUAUUAAGUGUGAUGGACAUCUCUUUUUAUUUUCCCCUUUCCCUUUUUCUUGAAUUACGGUUGUCUGGGUCAUUUAUUGUUAUAAAAUAGACUUUCAGAUUUGAUUGUUUGAACCAAAAUUGGUUUGAAAUAUGGUGUAAA